AAUGCACGCUAGCUGCGGCAAUGAGCGUAAAAGCGAACACUUAAAACACUAAUAUCAUUAGCCUCUUAGCAAUGACUCAUGGGUCGUUGCAAACUGCAAUAGGUUUUGCCAACUUUUCUUUGCUUCUGUGAAUAACUAGUUUCUGGUUUAAGGCCAGUCUGAAAUGACGUCGAGAACGGAGACAAUCGUCUUGUCUUCUGCUCUGUUGUUGUAGUCGUUGAUCGCGUCGAUCUCACCUGUCAAAAUGACCCUUAGUGGUAGUUUGAAAAGGAACAGAAGGCCGGCGUUAUAGAAUUUCAUAUCCGAUCUUAAAUGUGUGAAAUUACUCAAUGUCGACGCAAAACUGUGUUCUAUCCUACAUCCUAAAAUCAUCUCUUACUGUACACAGGUCCACAUCCUUUAGGUGACAAACAUGGAGCCAAGAUUUGCUGGUAUGACAUUUUUUGCCACCAGUCAUGCGGGAGACGUAUGUGGAACUAAUGGCUUGCCUCUCACCCCCAAUUCCAUCACCAUCUAUGGGCGGUCACAAAUAUUACGAACAUUUUCACAUCCCAAUUUAUGCACAUAUUUGGAUAUAAUUAGGGGAAAGCAUGAAAGAACAAUGAUAGUUUCGGAGUUUCAUGCCCAGACUCUUGCCUUGCUUCAAGAACCUCUACCCCUGCUUGGAAUUGUAAAGCUUUGUCACCAGACCCUCACUGCUCUGUCAUACAUCAAUUCACAUGAUAUUGUUCAUCGCUGCCUGGCGCCAGAUAACAUUAUGAUUAAUGCAAAGGGCAAUGUCAAGUUAUUUAACUAUGGUUUAUAUUAUAUGACUGGGAAAGGUUCUGAUGUUAGCUUUCCUAUUGGAAAUCCACGUUACAUGGCCCCAGAGGUCUUCCUGGUUGACUCACAAAUUGCUUCAGGUCCCAAAGUUGAUGUUUGGUCAUUAGGUAUUAUUUUGACUGAGCAAGCCUUGGGUGUGGAGCAGCUGUGGCCUGAGCUUAAGCUUGCUCAACUCAUGCGCAAAGUAUUAAGUCUCAUUAACUGUAACUCGGAUACCUCAGUGUUUUCAAGGAUUGCUCGAGAACAUAGUUGUUGGAGUAAGUAUGAGAGUCUUCCCCAGAGUUUGGUCCAUCUAAUAAAUUCAUGCCUGCAACUGAAUCCGUUAGACAGGCCUACUCCAAAGGAGCUUCUGGAAUUUCCAAUUUUUAAGGAAUACUCUUUUGAUGAAUACUCUUUAGCUGAGAGACCAGAUACUUUGGUAGAAACAACUCACCACCUCAACAGUCUUCCUUUACAAGAACUUUAUUAUCUUUGGCGGUUAGCUGGUGGUGAUGUCCAAAGUGAAUUGAAAAAACAGGGUUUGAUUCGAACCAUGCCCCCUAUUCUAUCUGUUCCCAGAUUAGUUUUGCUAGAGGGAAGUGUUCUUGGCAAAAGAAGAGAUCAGACAUCAUUACUAGAUCUGAAAAUCAUUCCAUUGUCCUUGGAAUCCCUUAGAAACCGGCUGGCACCGGUUCCAGUUUCAGCUUACUAUCCAUUGAUUACAACUAAGUCAGAUGUUUUAAAUGAUGCAGAAGAAUGUGAUGCAGCAGAUUUGCCACUCAUCAUUCGAGAGAGGGAUACAGAAUAUCAGUUUCGCCGUGUUGUGCUCUUUCGAAGACUUCUUGAAGGUUAUCCCCACACAAAAUCAGCCAUAGUUAGAGAAGCAAGGAAGGACAUACCACCUUUAUACCGGGGCAGAGUUUGGGCUGCACUUCUUGAAGUGGAAGGUGAUAUUGAGGCUCACUACCGAGAAACAGAUAAAGAAACUCCUACCCACACUGAUCGUCAAAUAGAGGUGGACAUUCCUCGAUGUCAUCAGUACGACGAGCUUCUUUCCUCACGAGAUGGGCACCGAAAAUUUAAACGAGUGUUGAAGGCCUGGGUAGAGCGAAACCCACAGUAUGUGUACUGGCAAGGCUUGGAUUCUCUUUGUGCUCCUUUUAUUUAUCUAAACUUUAAUAAUGAAGCCAUGGCAUUUGCAUGUCUAUCAGCAUUUAUACCAAAAUAUUUGCACAGAUUUUUCCUAAAGGACAAUUCUGCUGUUAUAAGAGAAUAUCUUGCAAAGUUUACUCACGUCAUAGCUUUCCAUGAUCCUGAUCUAUCAAACCACUUGCAAGAAAUAGGAUUUAUUCCUGAACUCUUUGCCAUUCCCUGGUUUUUAACCAUGUUUUCACAUGUUUUCCCUCUCCCCAAGAUUUUGCAUCUAUGGGACCAACUCCUGUUAGGGGAUGCCUCUUUCCCUCUCUAUGUUGGAUUGGCUAUUCUCCAGCAACAUAGAGAUACAUUGCUUUCCUCUGGGUUCAAUGAAUGUAUCUUACUUUUCUCUGAUCUUCCAGAGGUUGAUAUUGAAAGAUGCCUGUCAGAUUCGGUUGCAUUUUAUUGCUGUACUCCGAGAAGCACGACUUUUCGCCAACAUGAGCGAUGUCCUAGCAAGGCAGGCCUUAAGAACAAACCUUGUCAUCCAGAUUUGGAAAUGAGUGCACAAACUGUUGCUGAACUCCAGGCUGAGUCUUGUCCUCGUAUUAGUGGUGCAGACCUUUUGGACCUUUUGGAUUCCUCUAAGUUUCCUCGUCCAAAAGUCAUGGUGAUAGAUAUACGGAGUCCUGAGCUGUAUAAUGUGGGUAGUGCACCAGGAAGUAUAAAUAUACCUCAUAGCCGUUUCGAUCUGACACAAGAAAUCCCUCAGCUUCCCUCUUGCCCUGAAGUUAAUAUUCUUCUUCAAAAUCGUGGUAAAAUUUUAGUUGUAGCUGGACAGGGCGAUUCUCCUUGUGCAAUUCAGAUUGCUCAAAUAUUUUUGCGCAAUGGCCUUCCGAAGGUUUGUGUCUUGCAUCGUGGUAUUGAUGUCCUGCAACUUGCAAAUCUGCUCACCAAACCAACUGCCAUUUGAUGACCAAAACAUCGCCAUGCUGUGGCAGCUGCAGAAUUCUUCACAAAAAUAUUUAGCAUGGCCAAACCCUAAGGAUGAGGGACUUUCCUCAUGCCUGUGCAUUUAGCAGCAGAAGAUUAUUUGUGUUAUCCAUGGAAAACAUGCUGUUGGCAGACUGCUUAAACCCCAAAUAAUGAACAAAAAGUGUACAGCGCUUUAAACCAAGAACAAGUGACAUUUUUUUGUGUCUAAUGAUAUUGUUCAGGUCUGUAAGCUCUCUUAAAAUGUCGUUUUGUAUCCAUAACAUUUCCAGCAACAACAUGUACCCAACAAAAUAAUAUAUUUUUUACAAAAAUAUACUACUGUGAUAUCAAUCAAAUAUUUUCUUUCCUUAUAAUUUGUAUUUAAAAAAAAAAAAUCAACAAUAAAUAUUUUUUACACUAUUCUACA